GGAGAUGUUUUUGCUAACUUUUGAUACAACUAUUAAUCUGUGCUUUUCCUUAUGUGCAGCCUGGUGAACUUGCUGCCCCCAGUCACAGUAUUGUUGCGUCUGUGCCUUUGUAAAACACAGACACUAUUAUGCAGUCACUCCACUUCCUCUUCUCUCUCAGCAUUCACUUAAUUGUACACUCCCAGGCUGCGAGAACCAAGUAAGAGCUUAUUUGUGUGUCCGUAUGUGUGUAUCAAAUAAGAAUUAGACCCAUUUGGAGCUCUGGGUCUGGUCGUUUAGGGUCAAGUUUUCUUCAUGUCACCCUCAAGAUCGAUGGAUGUGACCCCCGGGUGCCCUGAUUUGUAUACAAACAUUGCUGGAGCCAAUCAGGACGCAGCGUUGGAUAGUGCCAGCCAAUCAGAGCCCCGGGCCUUGGUGUUCUGUGGCACUCCCAUGUUUUGUCGGUCAGGAUUAGCUCCGUGGUAACGGUGGUCUCCGGGGAGCCGAGGUUCCCAGAGCUGUGGGACGGGUCUACAAACACUACUGCUGCUGAUGAGAGAGCGUUUGGAACAAUGGACUCAAACUCGUUAUUAUACGCUUUGGACCUCGUAGCCGGUAGCGGCCACACUUUGACUGUGGAGGAAAAGACUGUUCUGAGCACUUCGCUGGUGAUUCUGAAGAAAAAUUUCAAGUUUAAUAGAGUUUUAUUUUGGGGUAAAAUAUUAGGAUUAAAAAACGACUACUUUAUUGCUCAAGGGCGAGGAGAAGACGAGAUGCAAGACCAGAAGUACCUGUACAGCUUUAACUGCAUGGACUGGAACCUGCUGCCCCCAGCCACUGACUCCAUGAUCCAGGAGGUGUUCAAAGCUGCCAAAGGCCGCUUCAUGGGUGACCCCUCAUAUGUUUAUGAGAAUGUUGUGAUUCAGAAAAAAGGGGAAGGUGAAGAGGCUGAAGCAGAGGAAUUAAAGAUUAAAAUGACAGAGGAAAACAGACUAGCCGUGACAGUUUAUCAAAUAGAUCUGGAAGUGUCUGUGGUUCCAAGAGGUGCUUUUAUCAAAAGUCCACAUGGGCUGGUGCAAGUAAACCGCAGCUUUGGAGGUCUGUCUUAUUCAGAAGCUGGAAAACUGGACAAUUUCCUGCAUUUCACUAAACAAAAGAAUAUGAAGAAAAGAUCUAUUCUAGAAAUGGCUGAUCUGAACCCUGUGAUGGACAUCAUGGAUCUAAUCAGUGAUGAUAUUCCCAAAGGCUCGUGGCACUUGCGGUUUGAAUGCGCCAACCAAGUGUGUGUGAUCCGCAGUCACAUGUGGCUUGGGCUGACCUUCUACCACAUCCCAAUGACCCCACAGCACGGAUACAUCUACAUCGGAGAUGGCACAAGGAACCUGGACCUGCCUUUUAUGCUUUAAAGAAUUCUUUAAGAUGUUGGUAUUUUGAUUUAAGAGAUAAAUAAAUGUGGACAAUGACUCAAA